AUGCAAGAGCUGACACAUAUCGAUUGUUGGAUGUAUGUGCCUACUAAAAGUAAUCCGGCUGACGUAGCCUCCCGCGGUGUGUAUCCUUCUCAGCUAGGGACCCUUGAUAUGUGGUGGUUUGGUCCAUCAUGGCUACAGAACGAUAAAUCCGAAUGGCCGAAACAAAUUUUCGGCUUCAAUAAUGUACCCGAAGUUACAACACUGCUGACUACCCAAGCUCCGCCUGAACUAACGGAGGAUUUAGGAGCGAUGGGUUUACUCUACAAAUACUCCAACAUUAACACCUUGGUUGGAGUCACAUGCUGGUGUAAUCGCUAUAUUGCAAUUAAAUUGAAAAAACCACAUCCAACAUCAGCCUGGUCCACGGCUUCUGAAAGACGAGAGGCUUUACACCUCUGGAUCAGGUAUUUUCAAAAAAUACAUUUUGCUAAUGAAGUUUCUUGUCUCUCUCAAGGUAGACCAAUAAGUUCAAAAAGCAAGUUAUUGAAGUUAAAUCCAAUGAUCGAUGAAAAUGGCAUCUUACGAUUGAAUGGUCGAUUGAAAAAUGCUAUAUUGUCUGCAUCUGAACGGUUUCCCAUCAUUCUUCCUAAGGAAAGUAAACUAACGAAGAUGCUCAUUGAUCAAGGGCAUACAUCUACUAUGCAUGGUGGCAAACAGGCUACUCUUAACCUUCUUCGAAGACGCUAUUUGAUAAUCGACUGCCGUGUCGCAGUUCAUAAGUUCAUCCGCAAAUGUGUGACCUGUAUUCGCCAUAGAGCACAAUCCACUAACCAGAUUAUGGGAAAUCUUCCCACUGCUCGCUGUACACCUGCAGUUCCUUUCAAGCAUUCUGGUUUAGAUUAUGCGGGACCCUAUGCAAUUCGAACUAGUAAAGGUCGAGGCCAUCAUAGCUACAAAGGAUGGAUAGCUCUCUUUGUCUGCCUGAACACUAGAGCUCGUCAGUGA